UAUGUUGCCCGUGUUUCGACAGAACCGCAACGACGUGAACGCGCGGCCGAUACGCUGCUAUUUUCGUUGCGGCGUACAGUGUGUUUAUUCUUGCCAGUCGUAGCCGCCGCGCGUUACGCAUUAUGAUGUAUUUGAAUGCGACGGGGAGUCACGAGAGCGCCGUGAGAUAGUAGACAAAAAUGGGCAGGAAGAAAGCUCAGGCGUCGUGCAAAGGUAAACAACACGGCCCAUCGGCGCAGCAGAAGCAGGCAUCCUCUGCGGCACGUAUCCUCUCACGAGGAGCGAGGAACGAACUCGAUGUCCUGUGCGAGAAACUUUUUCAUCUGACUAGCAAUCCGGCGUAUAUGACGCAAUUAUGGAACAACUACUUGGAUAUAUCGGAAGUUCUGCUGAAGGUUAAACGUUUGGAAGAGAUGAAGACGGAAUCGUCCCAGCGAUCCCAGGUGAUUGGACAAUUCACGAAUUGGCUGACGGAGAAUGGGGCGCGUAUGGACGGCGUGAGCAUCGCCGAGUAUCCGGGAUACGAUCUGGGACUGAAGGCAGAGGCCGACUUCGCCGAGAAUCAAUUGAUCCUGGAGAUACCGAGGGCCCUGAUUUUCAGCACGUAUACGGCGGCGCCGGAAUUAACCGCUCUGCAAAAUGAUCCGUUGGUCCAGCACAUGCCGCAAGUGGCACUGGCGAUAGCGCUACUCGUGGAGAGAUACAAGAAGAAUUCUACGUGGAAGCCUUAUCUGGAUAUGCUUCCGAAUAGUUACAACACGGUUUUAUAUAUGAAAGCCAAUGACAUGAUCGAGCUGAAAGGCAGUCCUACGUUAGAGCCUGCAUUGAAGCAGUGUCGGAAUAUCGCCAGGCAGUAUGCUUACUUCAGCAAAAUAUUUCAGAACAAUAAUGAACCGGUAUCUGCAAUGCUUAAGGACAUUUUCACCUACGAACGAUAUUGUUGGGCAGUUUCCACGGUGAUGACGAGGCAGAACUUGGUUCCGAGCCCGGACGGCUCGCGCAUGAUCCACGCUUUAAUCCCGAUGUGGGAUAUGUGCAAUCACGAGAACGGCAGGAUCACGACGGAUUUCAACUCGACGUCGGAUCACUGCGAGUGCUACGCGUUGAGGGACUUCAAGAAAGGGGAGCAAAUAUUUAUAAGCUACGGUCCGAGGACAAAUUCCGACUUCUUCGUGCACUCGGGCUUCGUCCAAAUGGAUAACGACCAAGACGGCUUUAAACUUCGGCUCGGCAUCAGCAAGGCGGACUCCCUGCAGAAGGAGCGGAUAGAGCUCUUGGGCAAAUUGGAUUUGCCGUCGGUCGGGGAAUUCUUGCUGAAACCAGGCACGGAGCCCAUCUCCGAUACGCUAUUAGCCUUCCUGCGAGUGUUCAGUAUGCGAAAAACCGAGCUGGCGCACUGGCUACGCUCGGACAAGGUCUUCGACCUGAAGCAUAUGGACUGCGCGCUGGAGACGGUCGUCGAGGAGAACGUGAGGAAAUUUUUGCUGGCCAGGCUGCAGCUUCUAAUCGCGAAUUAUCCGACGACACUGAAGGAGGAUUUGGAAUUACUGGAGACCACGUUACCGCAGGUGAAGAAAAUGACCGUGCAACUGAGGGUGACGGAAAAGAGGAUUCUUCUGGGCGCUCUUGAAUACGUGGAGCAGUGGAUAAAAGCUUGAGAUAAUCGCUCGUGUCUCGGCGGGGGAGAUCGAACACAAUUUUAACGCUCUAAGAGCAUCUCGAGAGAAAUCAAUUUUAUUUUUACAAUAUUUCUGAGAACGGCGAUUUCGAGUAUAAAAAGUAAAAUAUAAAAGCGGACGAAUUAUACAUAAUAAAAAGCGUACAUCUAUUGUCUAUCGGUAUACUUUUAACGCUCGGCGUUGUGUACGCGUACUAAUUAUAGGAAACAUUUGUAAAAUACUGAGAAAAAUCAUACGAACGUUCAACGAUUAUAUGUCUACGUAAGUGAUAUAUGAUGUAAUUGUACAAUAAUUGCGUGCUCAGUAAAUAUCGUAAUUUCUGUUUUCGUGAGAUGGAGACUUUUAGCUUUUUCGCAAUCGCUGCUUUUUUUAAAUUAUAUACGAAUCAAACGUCGAUCAAGCGGAUUCUGAUCUACCACGAGAAUUGACUGCUGCUUUUACUCGCUGCUUUUGAUAUAUAUAACGUAA